CCGCUCCCGCACAUCCUACUGGAUCGCGAGUCGACGGAACCUGUGCACGGGGCCAUGUGCGCGGCGCCGUCAUGGAUAGUGAGGAAGAGGGCAUGUGUUCUGAGUUCGUUUGAUUCAUAACUCGGCCGUUGGCCGCGGGGUUUGAUCUGCGCAUACGGUGUCUGUUGCGGCGACGAUAAUCCCGUUGAAUCACAGUUUCCUUUCUGUUCGAUAUCCUGCCGUUAUUGCCCCUUUGUUCAUUGCCUACUUGUAGAUGCCUAACCUCCUACUAACAACCUCCGCAUCGAACGCGCGAUAACAAUGGGGCUCCUAUCCUUCCCCACAAUAUAUUUCCUAUGCUCUUUUGUCUUGUACUCUUCUGCAUUUUCGAUUCCAUCUCUGCCAAAAUUUGCCGCCGCAAAAUACCUUCCACACAGCCAGAAACCGCUCCGAGAAACACUUGAUGACUGGAUAGAUCGUGAAGAGAGGAUUUCGCUGGACAGACUGUUGGCAAAUGUCAAACCGGGAGGCGUGAAUGUCGAUAGCAACGAGGGCGUCGUGGAUGGAACCGUGAUAGCGAGUCCAAGCAAAGAAGCGCCGGAUUACUGGUACCAAUGGGUCAGAGAUGCAGCCAUAACAACCAAUACACUUGUAGACCUCUACGCUGAGUCCCCUUCUUCAAAGCAGUCCUCAUCACUAGAAACCAUCCUCACCGCAUACGCCCAUCUACAAGCCAACCUCCAACGCACCUCCAACCCCUCCGGCACUCUCGACGACCUGCAAGGCCUUGGCGAACCCAAAUUCCACGUAAACGGCUCCGCCUUCACAGACUCCUGGGGCCGACCCCAGCGCGACGGCCCAGCUCUCCGCGCUAUCACCCUCAUGCGCUAUCUCCGCGCUUACAAUGCCUCCCACCCUGCUUCCUGGACCAGUGCAUCCUCCGAGUCCAAGUCUUUCUACGAUCUUCUCUACUCAGCUGAACUCCCCGCACGAAGCGUCAUCAAAGCAGAUCUCGAGUACAUUUCCCACUUCUGGAACCACACAUCCUUUGAUCUUUGGGAGGAAGUCGAUGGAAUGCAUUUCUUUACUGCGAUGGUACAGUUGCGUGCGUUGAAGGAGGGACAGCACGUAGCACGAUCAUUUGGAGAUGAGGGUGCAGCGCAGUGGUAUGGUGAGCAGGCUGGAUAUCUGGAGCGGUUCGUGAGAAGGUUCUGGAAUAAGGAUAAGGGUCGGUUGGUGGCCAGCCUGUGGAGCCGAAGAAGUGGGCUAGAUUGUGCCGUGCUGCUAGGGAGCAUACAUGGGCAACCUUCUGAGGGUGAACAUGGAGAGCCGCCAUUUCCACCCUGGGCGGAUGAGAUGUUGGUUUCGCUGCUCGGGCUGGUUAGAGAUAUGGGGAAGAGGUUUCCGAUCAAUGUUCAGGCUACACGAGGUAUUGGCGGAUUAGGAGCUCUCCUCGAAGGCGUGGGUAUAGGGCGUUACCCGGAAGAUGUGUACGACGGAUACAGCACGUCCAUCGGCCACCCUUGGUUUCUCUGCACCUCCUCCGCGGCAGAAAUAUUGUACCGCACCGCAUCGCACCUCUCCAUUUCCGGGUCGCUCACCACAAGCCCUCUCAACGUCGACUUCUACGCCGCUCUACUAUCCUCAUCCUCCUCGCCUGAAAUUUCCGUCAACACGACCUACACCGCUGACGACGAGCCCUUCAAGACCGUUGUGGAACGGUUGCGACAUUUAGGCGACGAGUUUCUGGAGGUUGUGAAGACGCACGUUGAUGAUGAAGGCAGCAUGAGCGAGCAAUUUGACAGGGAGACGGGGUUUCUCAGGGGUGCGAGGGAUUUGACGUGGAGUUAUGGUGCGUUUCUGCAGGCGGUGAAGGCGAGGAAAGAGGCGUUAUGACAAAUACGCGAAACGUCGGGAGGCGUCUUGCGUGACGAAUUAUGAUGAUGAGUUUGUACAAGUGCGAAGGGAGACGGACGAUGAUGCCGAUGAAGGCAGUGCAUGAAAAUUCCUAGCGUACAAGCUUCAACAAAUACUUGAUGUGUAU